CUCAGACACCCUGGGUCCCAGAUGGGGGGCGAUGGUGCCACGCAUGUUGCUCCUGCUGCUGGCGGCCACCCUGGCCCCGAUCCAGACCCACGCGAGGUCACACUCGCUGCGGUAUUUCUUCACCGCCGUGUCCCGGCCCGACCUCGGGGAGCCCCGAUACAUGGAAGUUGGCUAUGUGGACGACACGCAGUUCGUACGCUUCGACAGCGAUGCGGAGAAUCCCAGAUAUGAGCCACAGGCGCCGUGGGUGGACCAAGAGGGGCCGGAGUAUUGGGACCAGCAGACACAGAUCGCCAAGAACACAGAGCAGUGGUUCCGAGUGAGCCUGAGGACCCUGCGCAGCUACUACAACCAGAGUGAGGGCGGCUCUCACACGCUCCAGUGGAUGCAAGGCUGUGACGUGGGGUCGGACGGGAGUCUCCUCCGCGGGUAUGAGCAGUAUGCCUACGACGGCCGAGAUUACAUGGCCCUGAACGAAGACCUGAAAACGUGGACAGCCGCGGACGUGGCGGCGCAGAUCACCCGACGCAAGUGCGAGCAGAAUGGUGAUGCAGAGAGACAGAGGGCCUACCUGGAGGGCGAGUGCCCAGAGUCGCUCCGCACACUCCUGGAGCGCGGGAAGGAGACACUGCUGCGCACAGAUCCUCCAAAGGCACAUGUGACCCAUCACCCCAGAUCUGAAGGUGAUGUCACCCUGAGGUGCUGGGCUAUGGGCUUCUACCCUGCUGACAUCACCCUGACCUGGCAGUUGAAUGGGGAGGAGCUGACCCAGGACAUGGAGCUUGUGCAGACCAGGCCUUCAGGGGAUGGAACCUUCCAGAAGUGGGCAUCUGUGGUGGUGCCUCUUGGGAAGGAGCAGAAUUACACAUGCCAUGUGCAACAUGAGGGGCUGUCUCAGCCCCUCACCCUGAGAUGGGAGUCUCCUCCAUCCUCUGACUCUAAAAUGGCAAUCAUUGCUGUUCUGGUUAUUGUUGGAGCUGUGGCUAUCAUUGGAGCUGUGGUGGCUUUUGUGAUGAAGAGGAGGAGAAACACAGGUAGAAGAGGAGGAGACUAUGCUCCAGCUCCAGGCAGGGACAGCUCCCAGAGCUCUGAUAUGUCUCUCUCAUAUUGUAAAGGUGACACUCUGGGGCUGGACUGGGGAGGGGCAAUGUGGACAUGAUUGGGUUUCAGGGACUCCCAGAAUCCCCUGUGAGUGGUGGGUUGUUGGAAUGUUGUCUUUACAGUGAUUGUUCAUUAUCUCAUUCUCUAGCGUGAAGACAGCAGCCUAGAGUCAACUGAGUGACAGCCAGUGUGUUCAGGUCUCUCCUGUGACAUCCAGAGCCCUCAGUUUUCUUUAGACAACAGUGUCUGAUGUUCCCUGUGAGCCUAUUGACUCAAUGUGAAUAAUUGUGAAGCCCAGUCUUGUGAGAAAAAUCACGUGCAGUGGUGGCUCCGGAACCACAUGGCAGUGACCCUCAAGGUUGGGGGACGGCAGAGUUCCGGAGGCUUUCCACACUGGCAGGUCCCACAUAUAGGAGAAAGUCUGAAGUUUCAAAGGCUGGAAGCUUUGGCAUCAGCAGGUCCCAGAAGACACGUGGAGUCCAUGGAUUUAAGAAGUUUAUUGUUCAUGGUGUGGUAGUUGGAUCUGGAAGUGUACCCCCUGCCAAUGCAAAAGCCAGGGGGGAGCUUGCUUAAAUAGGGGAGGGGGAAGAGGGGCUUGGAAAAGGAAUGAUUUAAUUAGCUAUCCCCUCCCUACCUUAGGUAACUCAUGAAUAUGGAAAUCUGUGUUAGUCACACCCUCUACCUAGAUGAUGAGGAGCUACUCUGAGCCAAAGGCAUCUGCAAGGUGCAGGCUAAUGGGGAUGUAGGCUGCAUGUGGGGCUCUGGAAUCUGGGGGCUUGGGUAGAUACAUGCUGUCCCUCACCAGACAAUGGUCCACAUGUUGGGUCUUCGGCUAUCUCAAACCCAGUGCUCUACUGGAGAGACCAAAUCAUCCCUUUGAAGCCCCACACAGUCUUCCCUUGCAUACCAGGAUUCUAUCUCUCCACUGCCUGUGUUCCCUUCCACAGCCAACCUUCCUGGUCCAGCCAAACACUGGGGGACAUCUGCAUCCUGUCAGCUCCAUGCUGCCCUGAGCUGCAGCUCCUCACUUCCACACUGAGAAUAAGAAUCUGAAUGUGAACUUGAUUGUUAACAUCUUGA